GAAUAGGUUGUCUACUAAACUGGUUCACGUUACAUUUGAACUAGUUCGCCUCGAUCCAAAACAAAAAAAUGGUGUCAUGAAUGUCCUUCGUUGUCCAUUUAAAAGUCGCCAAGCUUCAUUAUCGUGCAGCUGUCUUAAUCUAACUUUAAGAAUUUGCCGGUGUUUGAGUGUGAGUGAGGCAGCUACCGCUUUGAGACCAUUCUACUUCACAGUCCAUCCAGAUCUCUUUGGACAGCACCCCAAAGAAAGGUCCAUCAAUGAAGACUCCCUUAAAAAGCUACAUCAGUAUAUAUUUGCCCUCAGAAAGCAGGAGAAUGUUCCACCUACCAAUCUGACAUUUUUUGCCAAAAAUGAUGCUGACAAAGACCAAGGUCUGAGUCAUAUAAAGGUCCACCUCGCCUCAACAAGCAUCCGUGACACUGUCACUACAGUUCUCACUUCCUGUCAGCUGCCUCUGGAUUACAUUAACACAAUAUCAGAAGUUCCCACAUCCUCCAAAACCAAGGUGCACCAUGGACCGGAUUUCAGAGAUAUUUUUGCUGGUCGUAAAGGAGGAGAAGCAUUUUACAGAAAAGUGGAAAAAUUAAAUUUACUAUCUUGGAUAAAAACCAAUUCCAAAAUAUCCAGGAAGAAAUCACAAGAAUCCCGAGAUUACAGUAAGGAUGUUAAAGAAAUCACUGGGCGGCUGAAGAAGAUGGUGGGGGUUAGGGCCAUCGGAUGGCACACCAACUGGGGGCCCCGUCGAUUCACUGCAUGCCUGACCUCAUUAGAAAAGGUUUCAGAAAACCACCCAAUCGUAGUCAAAAAAUUCCUCUUUGGGAGGAAUGUGGUAUUCACUGACAGAAAUGGAGUCAGUUUGUCAGGGGAGGUGUGCCUGAACCAUACUGAUGUUCCCCAAGUCUGGUUAAUGAGACUGUCAUCAGUUCCUGCUUAUGAUGCUGUGAUAGAACGCCUUCCCUACAUGGAACAGGAGUUAUCUCGCUUGUUGUGUCACAUCAAGAUCCGACGACGGGAACGACACCACAUCGUGAUGGCCGAGGAGUAUGAGGUUCUAUUGAACAAGAUUUUAAACACGAUGCGACGAAACCAGGAUCUUGUGAGGCGAAUGUUUAGAAGUGGUGAUCUUUCACGCCUUGAAAUGGUUGUCGAGGGCUCCUCGGCCCCACUAACCUUGACAAACUUGGGACAGUAUUUGAUUCCCGUGUCUAUGCCCGGCUCAAUGAUUGUAGAUUUCAUAGCCAAAACACAGCAGCAGGCCGAAGAGCGUUUAAAGGACGCCAUCUCCCUGAAGAUGAUUGAAGAUGAAGUGAUUCAGCAGUGCCAAGAUAAACUAGGUUUGAUCCACCUGGAGAAAGACUUAAACAUCUCUCCCGCCCAGAUGACGCAGUGCUGUGAGAGACUGAUGGACAAUGCUGAUGAGAUCACUACUUACAUGGAGGGCGUCCGUGUGAGAGUGACACAGUAUUAUUCUGUCACGGACGAUGGGUUAGUGUGUAUACCGUGGAACUGGGAAAAUGAUUGAGUCAAAUUCAUACACAAUAUUUGGUUUUAUUUUUAUGAGGGCAUUCUUGGAGUAUUAAUAAAUUACGUUAAUGAUUUAUUAAAGCUUGCCUUGUUACA